AUGAGUUACGAAGUGACGGACGAACCGGCGUUCAACAGCGACGAUCUGAUGAGCAUGGGUCAGUUCAACAUGACUCAGCCGCUGGAAGACAUGAAGCUGGACAAGAACAUGGUCUGGCUGCUGGUGUCGCUGCUGUCGUCAAUCGUAUGGGUCGUGUACAUAACAUUUUACAAUGCGCGCCUGUUCGGUUGUAUCAUCACGAAGCUCGCCAAUCGCCUGUACGUACGCGGUGCGUACUUUAAGAUUGGUGCGUUGACGGUCAACCCACUGGCCGGCAAGAUCAUGUUCCGGGACGUGGUCUACGUAUGCUUCGACUACACGGUGCGUGUCCAGGACGGGUACUUCAUUUUCCGCUGGUGGCGUUCGUACGUCCCGAAGGACGUAUCGGAAGAUUUGUCCCACUCCGACACUCGGCUGUCGGUGAUGUUAAACGGGUUCGAGAUGCACAUCUACAACCGGUCCGAUCUGUACGCUCGGUUGGAGAAAACGUUCGGCUUGAAACCAUCGGUGCUGGUUCCAACGGAGGAUAUGAGCGCCGAAGAGAUUGCCCGCUUCAAGGAGCAGAUUAUGAACGAUGAAAACCAGCGACACAGCAGUGAGGUCGCUGCUAAGAUCAAGAAGAAGCGUCCGGAAGCGAUGACGGCGACAACGUGGCGCGAUCUCAUUCCCGUAAUCAAAAUUGACAUCUGCUCUGGGCGGUUUGCGUUCGGCAAUCGGCUUACGCCGACCACACUGUCGCUGUGUGUGGAAGAAGCGCACUGCGUUUACAGCACGAAGCCGGCCGUCUCGACGUUGGACCACUUCAUGCACUUCGUCAAGGCGAAGGUGGAGAACGCAAAAGUGCUACUGGCACCGAGUCCCAAGUUUACCGGUAUGGUGGACGAACCGCCGCGUUACAUGGGCGAAGGGUUCGUUGUGAUGAUGUCGAGCCUGAUGGAACUGUACUUCUACAUGGACGAGGCCGGUGUGGUGCCGGAGGAACCGGUUACGCUCACUCUCGCCAACGGGGAUGUGGUUGAGGCCGCUCCACCUGUCUGGGGUAUCGACAUAAAGUGCGGCAAAGGGACAGAUUUUAGCUACGGACCGUGGGCGGACCGACAGCGAGACCAUCUUUUUAAAUUCUUCUUUCCACCGGACUAUCAGCCAAUGCCGGUAACACAACCACCGAAACCGGGCGAUCGGCGUGAGGUACGAUCGUUCGACAUAAGUCUCUGCACUCUGAACGAAGCCACGAUCGAUGUGCUGUUCUCUAAAAACAAGGAGACGAACGCGGUCCAUGUGAACAUUGGAGCGGGAUCGUAUCUAGAAGUAACGCUACCGUGGAUCAUUCUUCAAGAUGGAAUGGCCACGAAGGUAACCGGCCAGUUGUUGCACGUUGAGGCGACCACUAGCUUACAGUACCGCAGUUUGGCUGAAUGUGAAACACUGCAGUUUAAUGUAAAAGUUCACUAUCCCAUCAAAUGGAACGAUCAUCAAGAGUGGACGAUCAAUUUGACUGGAAGCAAAGCGACCGCAUACAUCGUUUUCUCGCACAAGGAGUUCUUUCAGGAUCUGAUCGAAGACUGGGCCUCGAAGGCACGACCCGACAUUCUCAGUUUCGUGCCGUACACGUGGAAAUUCGGUGUCAUACUGAAGGAGUUUGAAAUAUUGACGCUCAGCAACGAGUUUAAUUGGAUUGAUUGCUCAAGCACCAACCAGGAGAACCAUCAUCUCGCGUUCUGCGGCGAUCUGUUCGAUCUAAGCUUCUCGCUACCGUUCGACGAUUUCCUUCCCCUGAAACUACCGAUCGUGUUUUGGAUUCACGGUGAGGGACUCGAUCUGAGUAUGUAUUUGCCCGAAAUAUCGAGCAGUCGGUCAAUCCUGUUGGCUUUGGACGAGAAUGCGCGGAUUCUUACGCGCGACGGAAGCGUCCGGAAGCGAUCGGAAUUGUUGCAUAAAAAGUGGCGCCGAGUGUGUUUACGAUCGACCGGUUGGAUCGACUGUUGGACUGUGCCGAUUGUGGCGCUUUCGAUCAAGUACAUCUAUCACCCGAUGCCACCGCUUGGGCCGGAUCCACAGGCGGAUAUUACAACACCGGAAAAGGAGGAAAUACUGCUCAGUCCGAUGCGGAUACCGAAGCUACGCAAAUCUCCGGCCAUCACGUGGACAGCGGUUGCCGAUGGAGGUGCACCGCGGUUCGAUCCAACAUCCCUGCCACCGGACCAGGUGUCGGUGGAGCUCGAAAUUGGCUCAUCGGUGAUGCUGGCGUAUGGUGCCAUCCUACGCAACUUCAUUCAUCUCAAGGAAAACAUUUUCGGUGAGGACCAAACGUUCACCGACAUGGAGCACUCGAACUCGAAAAGCAAUUCGCGCACGAACCCGUUGGUAGUUGGUGGCGGCAGCGGCAAGGCAUCGUCGAAAGACGACCCCUCGAAGUCACUCUCGGAGGCCAGCCUGAACCCCGACGAGAAACCGAAACGUUUCGAUCCUCGCCUCUACCGUCCGUUGGAGGUGAUCGUCAGCGUGACGAUCCACGAUCUGCAAGCACACGUGAUGAAGAAUUGCACCGAAACUGAUCCUCCGUGUCCGAUUGUGCUCAUCGAACGGCUCGGAUUCGAGAUGAAGAAACGUUUCUACGAAACCGAGCUCCAGGUGCUGGUGAGCCCUUCGUUUGUCAUUUCUGCAGAUACUGCCAUCCGUCCCGGGAAGGAUAAACAUUUGCGACAGGGACACUUACUUCUGUCGGCGGUGCAAGUGCGUGGUCACGCAAUGUUUAGCAACGAGGGUCGCCAGUUGGAAGAGGAAACGCUGGAGUACGCAUGGUUGCUGGAGGUUCAACUGGGAAAAUUAUCCGGCAAAAUGACUCUCUCGCAGCUGUGCAACGUGGUGACGGGCCUGGAAACGCUUGCCUUUCUCACGAUCGAUUCGGAAAAUGAACUAAAGUCACCGAAAACGGUUCGUUACUGCCACCACGGCGUUCCAUCGAAUACGUGUCCUCACACGAAGGAAGAUGCCAAGUAUCGAUGCCCGUCGACGGAGGACAUCAAGUACCGGAUGACACGUGUUGCGAUCGAUGCGAUCGAUUUGUAUCUAAUCGAAACGGGAACCGCUAUGCACACGUGGGUAUCCCCGAUACGGCUGGCCACGUGCAAUCUACACGGCCAGCAGGUGAAAUCGGGCAUUACGGGUCUCAUUCCUACGAUUCUGUUGCGUCAAUUCGUGUCAACCGGUGGUCACUACAGUCAGUACAGUAGCGGGAAUUCGCACAGCAACACCAACACCACCGGCAGCAGCCGUUCGGCUAAGCUACACCAUCAAAAUUCGACCAAACAUGCGGAGGAUCCGUCCCACAUCCGCAAGUCAUCAGACGAAACGACGGGCCCUGCCAUGAUAUCGUCCAUCGGGUCCGCUUCAUCUGCUGGUAUUAAGUCGAAUCGCCGCGAGCCAGCCGUUCCUGUUGACCUACCUGCUCAGCAUCCCCAGCACCGGAAGGACUCGAAGGAGCACAAGGACGAUCCGUACGGUUCAAUUUCGAGUAGAAAGGGCCGGGAUCGAGAGGAAGUUUCCGCGAGUGGCACGUACUAUCGGCGCGAUAAGGACGAUCCGUAUGCCUCGCUGCACUCGGCCCGAAACAGUGGGCGAGAAAUCGAUUGCAACGAACCAUGGCUGGAGGUUGGCUGUGUUUCGCUGGGUCCGAUCAUUAUCGAGGCCGCUUCGGCACUUCCCAUUCCGGAGCAUUGUCUGCAUCUGGUGCAGCAUAGCUAUCUGAAGGUGCACGACGAGAAGAACAAGAAGCUGUGGUUCCUCUGGUCAAGCGCCACCGAUCCGGUGCGAUGUGGUUGUGUAGGAGGUUGUGCCUUUUUUGGCACCAACCGUAAUGGACCAAGAUUUUUCAAACCAUCGGCCCAGGAUAUUCAAGAGUUUAUCAACAUCGCCCGAUACCACAUACACCAGAACGGGCGGGAGUACGGAUUUGGACAGAGUUUGCUGCACGAAGGGCAGCUCGUGUUCCACACGCCUCCCUACAGUCUGCAACCAGUGUCGCUGCAAGAAUGCUAUGAAUACAUCGGAAAACCCAGUCUGCACCGUGCUGGUGGUCACCGUCAUCCGCCGGCCCACGGUGGUGGGCCACCAUCGGCCUGCUGUGGCACAACGGCAGACAGUAAAUCACCCCAUAUGACGCAGAAGCACGACACACAAAAAUCGGUCAGCUCCUCGGCCGACAUUUCACCCAACAGCACAUUGUUAAAACAGGGCGGAAGCUGCUCCUUGGCCAGCGCGACCAACUAUGCCGUCAGUAGUGCUUCUACGAUGGGUGCUGAACAGCGGUCCGGAAAAUCGUCCCUCGAGCGGUUGAAAGAAAAGGACACCGGCUCACCACACGGAUCGGAGAGGGUCCGUGGUCGUCGCUUCUCCUACACCAGUGGAAGACAAAGCACGAUUUCGCACGAUGUGCCCUACAGUCGGCUGCUGGAUGCAAGUCCCAAAACCACGGCCAAUAGCUCGAAGGUGUCGACUCCGACGCCGGGUCGUAUCGAUUCCGAAUCACGGUUGCUCGCAUCGAAAGGAUUUAAGGUGCCCAAAGCUUCCAAAAUGUCUGCUUCGGAUUCGCGACUGAUGGCAGAAUAUUUGCAGGGCGAACUGUUGGACGUGUCCGCCGUGUUGCCGAUGGGUGACGAUCAUGCGGCCCACGCGCAGCACUUGCCGCCGCAUCAUUCCCUCCAUCAUUCCCAGCAGCAGCAGCAGCAUUCCCAGUUUCACCACAACCCGUACCCGCAGCACCAUCACCACUCACCGGUGCCAAUGGAAAUGUCACACUCUGCGCCGGCUCCCGGCCAUCCACUGCAGUCCGAUUCCGAGCAAUCGCUCGGAGGGAUCGUUCCUGGUGGCGUUUUACGGCCACUGCCCUCCGACGACGUCAUAAUGCGUGACGUACAGCGAACCGUUUCGCUUACGUCGGAAAACCCUUCCGAAGCGUUCUUUUCGGCCGACGAAGAUCUGCACGCAUCGCGCAGCUCUAGUCUAAAGGCGAGCGGAAUCGACCAUCACGUGCAUCCGGCGGCGAUACAGAAGAAACGCUUCGCAUCCGAUCUCAGCAUCGUCGGGCCGAACGAGCUCGAAGGUCGCUUGUCGACGCAUCGUAGCGACUACGAGAUUCACACGCCCGAGCACCGAAGCCUUCCGAUGCGGCCCCAAUCGACCGCUGAGCUGAAUGAGGAGGAACGGCGCAUCCACGGUCUAGCGACACCGCUGCGUAAGUUUAGCAACAUUUCACCCCGUCCAGAGUUCCGUCAUUUUAAGCCGGUCUAUGAUGUCGAUCCGCAGGAUUCUUCCGAAUCGCACUCGCUAUCGUCGAGCUCGUUCAUCUCCGCGCUUUCGUCACAGGAAGACAUCACGCUGGUUAACUUGCAUAUGCAGAUCAACCGACCGAUAGUGGACUCACCACUCCUGAUGGCAAGCUACGUGACGCACCUGGCCCAUGUGCGCUGCUCGAACUGGACGCACUGCUCCAUGCCCAUGGGUGCGGAUGCAUUCUCAAUGCCGCUCUUUCAGCAGAACGAAGACGGUGGCCUAGUGUAUAUCGGUGGCAAGUUGAUACCGCACUUUGAUACCUAUUCGAACUGGCGUGAGGUGAAAAUCAUUUCGCGCUACGAUGGGCAGCCACCGGCGGCGACGAGCGGGGGAUCCGGUUUCUCCACCCUGCCGAAACCGCAUCCUUGGGAUCCGAGUGUUUUGGUGCGCAGCAGCUUCGACAAGCAGGAGAGCAAGGAAAGCGAAAACGAGUUUCUCAGCUCGCAGGGUGAAAUUGCAACGCGCAACUCGAUCGUCGUCCGGUUUAAAGGGCAGGUCGACGUGAUGCUGACACCGUUGCUGCUCGAGGGUCUGCAGAGGAUGAUCGAGUCCCUGACACCGACGCUCUCAACGCUGCAUCCCCUUACGGUGGUCAACGAUAUUCAUGCGUCGUGCGUACGCAAAGUAGAAGCAGUCAAUAUACUGAAGCGUGAUCAGUCGCUCAGCUACUGGUCGCAAGUGCAUUCUAACUCGAAGCGAUCGACUGCCGAACGUAACCUUCAGGGACCCGGUGGACCGGUGCUGACGGACGUUUACGAAGAAAGCAUUUCGACGCAGGUGCAGGGCCUUAUCGUCCUUCCCAAGAUCAACGUCACGCUAAUCCAAAGUUCGGUCGUCGAAGAAGUGAUCUCCUUCGCUGCAUUGGACAACGUUCAGGAGCUGAGCUGUGCUUCGCUGCUGGCGGUGUGCUUUGAAGGUGUGUCGACCCGCUUCCACCUGGGCAAAACGACCAAAGCUUCGAUGCACACGGUUUACACACAGCCCACCGUCCGAUCGGGAGGACUCAAGAAGAGCGGUCUCAUUCGUGGAACGCGCGCUUUGUUGGCCCAUUUGUCUUCCCAGACGCGCCCGGACAACGUUCCCGGAGAACCUAUCUUACUCGAAACGUCGGAAAAGCAGCUCGAAGAGUUGAUCAUUACGCUGGACAUUGGCAAAGCGCACGCGCAGUUGCGUCGACUGAAAAACGAAUCGGCCAACCUGCCCGACUCGCAGAUAGUGAUAACGGCUAUACCGGCGCACCGAAGCCGCGCCAUGUUUGACUGUACGCGCAUUCCGGAAGAAGCGGCGGCCACGAUGAGCGACGGGAGCGCUAAUGCGAACGGUGGCGUGGGCUACAUUAUGUUCGAAGGCGGCUUGGAGGGCGUGAGUGUGAAGAUUGUGAAGAGAUCGCAGUUUGAGAAAUCGGAAAAUGCGGCAGAAACACUAAAAUCUGAAACAGAAAUAGCACCACCCCACCAGUCGACCAUACACUCGGAAGCAAACCAGAACAGCGUAACAGCGAACAAUCCACUCAAUCUGGUUACGCUCCUCAACGAAGCGGGCGGUAAUAUGGCCGCCGAGGCGUUAGCAAAGUUUGGCAUGAAGAAACCAGGAACACCUAAGGCUAGUGCAGCCACGAAAGAUCGUCCGCUGUUUGAAGGAAAGUCAAAGGAAAAACCGGCCGCUUCCUCGGCAAUAACGAGCGACGGUGGCAGCAAGUCGUUCAAGACGGUUCUCGUUUCGGAAGACACAGAUCCAUCCACCAUCCGUAGCUCGUUUGUUGGUGAACCGCCCGCAGUGGGAACCGGCCAUUCAGCUCAACCGGGACCAUCGACGACAGCGCCCGCAACUGGAAGCGUGCCUGGUGCUAGCGGGCAGCAGCAAUCCGUAUCGUCGAAUCCUCCGGGACCUAGCUUCGAUGCGCCAGCAGGAGCAAACACGGGAACAAAUGGAAACGGAACGACCACCUCUGCCGGUGUCAUUGUUCCCUGCAGUAACGAUAAUGGCAAAACUUCGUCAUGUGUGAUCGAUUUCAAGACGGUUUGGUUUAACUUUGCCGCUCCGCCACGAUCACCGAUUACUCGCAAGAUCGACUAUACACGGCUCGACUGGAAUCUGCUCAGUACCGCUUCGCCCGCCAUCACGGCAUGGAUGAAUCCGAGCAAUCGGUUUGCCAUCAAAAUCGUUGCCCUCAUGAAAGCGAUGUACAUUCGCCGGACAGCCAUUACGGUGGCGCUGAUGGCCGACGCCUGGGACCGACCGUCGCUCCACCGGCCAGUCAAGAGUCGGUACGUUGGAAAGUUUACACCGCUCGCCAAAACGCUGCAAGAGGAUCCCAGCUGUCAACUGUGUACGGUGCUGCAGAAGUACGUGCUCGAUGAAAAUGCUGCCAAGGUGGAGGAGAUCCUAAGGCAGCAGUAUCUGCCACUGUUGAGCACCAUGCGACAAGCCGUAAUUGUCCUAAGCCGCCAGUGGAAGAACGUACUCUACAAUCCGAUGCUGUUUGAGCACCAGUAUAAGGGAAAGCUGGCGAAGCCGGUUAACGUUACAUUUGCAUUACCACAGGACGAGGAUGCCGAAGACACGGAUGACAUCGAUACGGAUAACUAUCCGGUAGGAAUCGUCGAAAGCCAUCCGCUGCUGGAGGAGGAAAACGAACACACGAUGCUGCUGGGCCAGUGCAUUCAAACGCAGCACCAUCAGCAGUCGGCGGCGGCGGUGGCCGUGUCGCAGCACCACCACCAGCAUACCGGUCAGCCACCACACCAUGUAAUCAAAAUACCAGAUGAACCACCGGUGCCGUCGGCGGUGCACAUGGUGACGGCAACGUUGGGCGAUUCCCUUAAUACCUCCCCCAGUACCACUAACACUUCGCGCAAGAACAACAAGCUGCGCAAGAAAUCGUCCGUAAAAAGUUUCAUUCCACCGGCAGCGCCACCGUCGCGUGCCAGCAUUCAGAUGUUCCCGAACAUCUUCGAAAAGCAGGACCCUACCAUCGAGUACGGCGCACUGCGCGAGGGCUCCGUCCCGUCCGUGUGCAGCUCGUCCGACUCGAUGGACAAAGCGUGGACACCGCCGGCCAACCACAAGGAGGACCUCUACUCGUGGAUGGCGAAGCAGCAGAGCGAAAGCACCAAGCAACGCGAAAAGCAGAAAACCACGCAAACCAAUCGGACCCCGCUUCCUGGCCGCCCGGCAAUCCACUCGGUAAAGUACAUGCAGGAUAACAAUCGCAUCCUGGACGCGCACCUCAUCUUCGAGCCGAUGCUCACCUGUCUCGGCGUGAUGCCGCAGCAGAUGAUCAACAAUGUGUCCAGCAAGGACGUGUCGUCGCUCGAGAGCCUCGGCACCAAUCUGUCGCUCGUGUGCUCGUUCGACACGAUUCGCAUCGACAUUGUUGUGAGCGAGGCGGGCGAUGGCAAGAAGCCGUCGAAGCAGAAGGAACCGAAAAAGCGUGGUAACGGCAAGUUUGCCAUCAUAGUGUCGGGCGAACAGCCGGCGUUCCUGUGCGAGCAGGUUGGCGUCGAGCUGGAGGUGCUGAAGAUGACCGAUGGCUUCCCGGACGACACGAAGCCGGCGAUGCUGUACGUUUCGCGCGGGCAGCUGAAAAAGCACACCAGCACGGUCAUCAACUUUAGUCUGAACGUGCGCUACAUCUCGCAGCAAGUGAACAUGCCGCUGCUGCGCUUGCUGCACCAGAUCACCAACAUGUACCAGAACGUGAAGGAUGCACAGAAUGAAUUGCGUGAACAGCCGGACCACGGCGGGAAGCGCAGUGCACCGCUGAAGGACGAAUCGAGCCUCGCGUCGGAGAUGAACGAUCCAACGUUGAUGGGUUCGCUGAACGAACCGCUGAUGGCGCACAUCGAAACGUCCGGCAUUUUCGAUUACACCGACGAGCGGUACGACAAGUUUAACGAGGAUAUCUCCACGAUGCGACACGAGCUACGCCAUUCGAUCAGUCGCAGUAAAAUGCCCACACUAGGUCCAUUGAUUCCGCUGACACCGUCGCCGAAUUCCCGCAACCGACCGCACAGUUUUGCGCAAAAACUGCGCAGCACCAGCAAGUCGGUGAAGGGCAAGCUCGGGUACACGAACCUGAACGAAGCGGUUACCACACCGAUCAAAACAAGUCCGACAGCGGCCGCCAGCGGGGGCUUCACAUUUUCCGAGGCACACUCGAAGCAGUCACUGGAAGCAAAAAAUUCGUUAACCGGAGGACUGUCCAGCACGUUCGGUGAUUUCACCGCUCCGUUCGAUCGAUCGACCUUCACGGGCCCGAUUCAUGGGAUAAUGGAUACGCCAAAGUGCUGGAAAACGGUCUACCAUCUGCUGGAUCUGUACUCGGCAAUGCCGGAAACGAAGACCAUUGCUCAUCGUGUAUCCAUUUCGCCCGAUGCGGUUGAACAGAUCAAGGCACGAAAGUACAAUCUGUUGCAUGAAAGUAAGAGCGCCCGAGAGGAGGACGACAUGCAUGCGGGUUUGCCGACGGGGGGCGGUACCGGCGGAAGCGCGGCUGGUGCCGUGAAGGACGUGGGAAUCGUAACUCAGGAACGAACGCGCUUGGUGGUGUUCGGGGUGGCUAAAAUACAUCGGACUCGGCUACUGGCCACGUUGAGCGGACUGAAGCUGGAGGCAGAGAUAACGGCCCUCCACAGUAGCACCACGUGGCGCAAGAAAUCGCGUCCCGCAUCGCUCGAAUGUUCCCUCACGGGACAGGUCGGUCGAGCUAUGAUUGUGUUACUGGAAGGUGUCCAACCAAACCAACAAACGACGGUGGUGAGGGUUACGAUUGGCAAAAGUCAAACGCUGUACUCGAGCAUCACGCGCCGUGGAAAGGACAAAAACAAUGGGCUGCUCUCGAUCGGUAUCGUCAACGUGGACAUACCGCAGCAUCCGGUCGCGUUGCAUGGUAUGAUGACGCGCAGCUCGAAGCAGAUCUCGUCCACGCUCCAGGAGCUGCGUGUAACGCGUACCUCCGCCCGAUUGACACGCCAGAAUGAGGAACCGGAAUCUCCACUGCACCAUCACCAUCACCACCACCACCAUCAUCACCAUCAUCAUCAGCAGCGUGAUUCGCGCGAGAAGGGCCCUGCGGCGGGGUCAGCCAACCAACGAAAGCACAGCACCGCCACCGUGCGUACGAUGACGGGAGUUUCGUUAGGGGCCGGUGCUGGAGCAGCCGGUAACAAUCCGAGCGGUCUGCUGCAACCGCUUGUGAUGCAGUUUAACAUUAUCCUGCAAAGCCUCUCGGUCAGUGCGGCACUGUUGCCUUCGCUGCAGGCACAGUACAAAAUGGAUCACGUCUCGUCGACGGGCGUGACCGGGAGCAAGGCAAAGUUCACGAUCGAUCUGCCCAACCAUUCGCUCAGCUUCACGACCAAGAUUCAAACCACCGAAACGAACCUCCCGUCUGAGGCGUGCAUUGCACUGCCACCGGUGCACGUUAGUGCCGAGUACGUGCCGGAGUCCACGACCGAGGAGGUCCCCAUCGAUGGGGUCGUCCUGCGACAGGGUGGCUAUCUGGCGGCGUCGGCCGAAAUCGGUGUCUUUGAGCGGUGCCUCACGACGGAUCUGCUAAAUCAUCUGGUGUUUGUGCAGAAAGUGUUCAUGAAAGAGGUGAAUGAAGUGGUGCAGAAAGUGUACGGUGGCGAGAAACCGGUGCCCCUCUGGCUGGAGGAAUCCGAAGAUAAUGGGUCGACCAUGAAACGGAUACUGUUUUCGCUAAACAUACGCGUGAAGAGAAUCCAGCUGACCGCUACUACCCCCUGCUCGUCCGCUGUCCGGUUCGAGACGGGCCAGCUGGAGUUGCAUCUGUCGAAUCGCGUGAAAAACAUUGCCGACGCAUCGAACACGAAGCUCUUCGGGAAGGCACAGAUUGAUCUGAACCUUUCGCUCGGGCAGAUCAUCAAGAACGUUAUCUUCGAUGAGGCCGAACCGGAGUUCCAGCAGCACGCAUUCUUCAACACCACCAUCGGGCUGCGGAAUGCGUUCCAAAAUGAGAUGCUGAACGACGACAAGGAGCUAGUGCUGAUUACGCUCAAACGGCCACUCAUCUACGUGCAACCGAUCGCCGUCGACAAAGCCAUCCUGGUGUGGUUGAACUACAAGAACGCGUACGAGUACUGGACGGAGAAACGGGCCAAUCUGAACAAGGAGGUGCUGAUGGCAACGCAGCAGGUGCUGGAAAAGGUGCCAUUCGGCCAGCUCAGUCACCAUCUGGCCACGUCGGCCAAUCUGUCUACGCUUUUCCUCCAGCUCACGGUGGAGGACAUGGGCAUCUGUUUGCCGCUGAAUCAGGCCCCCCAAAUCUGGGGCAAUCGGUCGGUGCAGGAUUUUGAGCAGAAAGGUGCCGUCGUCAUCACGCUCGAGAACACCAUCAUUUCGGCGUGCAGCUCCGGAUCGCUCGUUUCCAACGGUCGCUUCGUCGGGCUGUGUUUGCGGUUUGCCGACGACUUUGACUCGUCGCUCGACGAGUGGAAACCCAACAUGAACGAUGCGAGCAUCAUGAAUCUGUGCGUGGUGUCGGAGGGCACGUACGAAGUCUGUUCGCGUACGAUCGCUGCCAAGCACCCGGACAAUGCCAAAUGGUUCCUGAAUGUAAAGUGGCAGAUGGAAGGUGUGGACAUUCAUUUGGACGUCAACAUUGGCAAGCAACUGUCGGCCCUGGGGCACACGCUGACCAUGCUGACCGGUUCGGAGGACGACGAACCGAUCUCGUCCGACACACCCGACAGCGACGAUAUCGAUGCUAGCGGACCGCAGUCGGGUGGCAAAGAGUCGAAGUCACGCAAAUCGGUUGACUCUUUACCGUCGUUCCUGUUCGACACUACGCUCGAUCCGAAGAAACGGUCUUUGCUAAUGGAAAACGAAAUCAACGAGCAGACGAAGAUCGUGAACGAUCUCAGGACGCUCGGUGCUUCGACGAAGACGAUCGAGAACGAAGAACGGCGAUUGCAGGAGCUACAAGCCGUUUACUACAAGUACUUCCGGCGGGACAUGAUUCAGAAAUGGAAGCGACCAGCGAUGCGCAAACCGAUGCUGAAGGCAGCAAACCGUUCCCGUUCGUUUAUCGCACCGUCCCCGACCAGAGAGGAUCUGAUUGACGCCGGUUGCCUGGUGGACGGUAUAGUGGGAUCAACGGGUGGUUCUGGCCCGCAGGCCAUCAGCAGCGCUGGUGGUGGAGCUAGUAGUGUGCUGGAUGCGUUCACCGGAAGCGAAGACAUGAGCAGCUUGCAGGAAUCGCCCAAUUCGGGCCCUUCAAGGACAGCCUCGUUGCGGGUGAAAAUUCCACCAAACUCAUCGCGCGUUACGUUUACCGAGGCAAUGCGCCAAUCGUCCCUGCCGAGCGCCGACUCGGACGUGGCCGCGUAUUCGGAUUCCGGGCUCGAUUGGCCGCGGUGCGACUCGAGCUCGGUUGCAUCCGAUGUACCGCAUCUGCUCGAAAUCGAUGGUGAACAGGUUGAGCUGCGAAAGAAGAGUCCAAGCCAUCCGCAGAAGCAGCAGGAACCGAACAUUGACUUCGAGCUCGACAUUAAGGUGUUGGUCAAUUCGGGCAAGUGCGUGCUUCACACCAAAGAUAUCCACGACGAGCGGUUGUCGUCGACGAUCGGUACCAAUAGCAAUGCCACGACCGCGUCCACGACGACAACGGCGAAGCACCAUAAGCGGGAGCGAAGCACAGGCGGCGCAACUGACUGGGGAAGUCCGGUUCCACCGCGUCGGAACAAGGAUAAGUCGCGGCUUAAGUACAACACCACUCCGUACACAGCGCUGGUCGAUCUGACCAUUUUCCACAUUCCGGGCCUGGACGUGAAGCUGCAGUAUCAGUCGAAAACCCUGGGCGGAGACGAUGCUUCGCCGCGUAUGAGCACCAGCGAUCCGUUCGGGGCCUCUCGCAAGCUGGCCACGAAACGGGCCACCCUGUUCGCGUGGAUGACCCUGCAAAGCAUUCCGGAGGAAACGAUCAUCUCUCCACACAUCCUCGAGUUUCUUGAGCAAACGCUCGAACCGAUCCCAUCUUCCAAAACCGGCGGUGGAAUCGGAAACGGAAGUGCUGGAAGUGCCGGUGUCGGUGUUGGUGGUACGGUAACGGCCGGUGGUCCCUCGAAUCCGGUAAAUUUGCCGAUGCUCGAACACAACUAUGCCGCCGUUUACGCUAGCUUCCCGGUGGAUGUGGUCGUUUACUUCCACAUGCAACCGUCCACUUUCCGUUUCUCCUGUUUGCCCGUUUCGCGCGUCGAGUGUAUGCUGCAGCUGCCAAGUUUGGACAUUAUUUUCAGCUCAAACCGGCAGGACGACGAGGCGGCCGGGGUGCCGGGUGCCUCGGGCGAUACCAUGCCCGGUGGCGAAGGGGGGAAAGCAGCCGGCGGGCUCAGCGUGACGGGAUGUUUGGCUGACUUUAACGUUUACAUCUUCCACCCGUACGGCGGCAAGAAGAGCAAUCUGAAGGAGGCGCACCAAUUCUCGCCCCUUGCAGACAGCGAACGGAAAGACUCGCUGAGCAUCAACGUGGAGUUUGUAAAGUUCCACAUAACGCGCUCGAAGAAGAUCAACAUGAUCGAAACGGGUGGCCUGCUGCGCAAACAUUCCGACCAUUCGGCAUCGAAAGCGGUAAUACGCUUUUCGACCAUCGUGGACAUUGGUUCGGCGUCGUUCAAGUACGAUAUGCGCCGGCUGACGGAGAUCCUUGCUUUCCCGAAGGCCUGGUAUCGGCGCAGCAUCGUGCGGCGCAUGUUUCUCGGUGAUCUGAGCAUACCGCAGGCAAGCAUGUGCGAUCUGGAAGUGCCGAUACCGGAGGCCAGCGGUAGUGGACAACAGGAGGGGGGACCCGUACCGGGCGGAUCCUACGGUUCGACUGUUGGCGAUGGAUCCGAUGAAUCGUCACGGCGGGCGAUGAGCCGCGAUCGGUUGCGACUUAGUUUGGAGAAUGAUCUAAACAAGACGCAAGCCAGUGUCGGGCUAGGAACGGGUGGAAGCGGAGCCAGCAGCGCAUCGUCGACGGCCAGAAUAAAGGAUCAAAAAUCGUCCAGCCUCGAUUCAACGUCGUCGCCCUCGGAUGUGAACCAGAUCACGUCCUGGGAAACGUUGGUUCUGUUUGCGGUCAACUUUACGAAGCUGAACGUGCAGAUGAACAUGGGAAAUGUGAUGGGAAAUAUCGUGUGGCUGACGAAGGCGUUCCGUAGCGAUGGCCGGCUCAGUAUUGGCAGUACGGGUCACAAGAACAUGUACAUUGGUGUCGGGCUCGGUGGAUCGUCGUUGGAUGCGAAGGGUGGCAUCGUCGGCGGUACGAUCGAUCUGAAUCGGAUCGACACGUACAUUCACAUCCGGGAAGACCCGGGUUCGGAGCCGGACCACAAGGUGGGCAUCAAGCUGAAUGCGCUGGAGCUUAAGUUCGAUUACAUGGGCACGAGCGUGCUGAUGACGCGCGUUAGCUCGCUGAACGCGCAGCUACGGGACGAGUGGAAGUUCUCGAAGGACCACGACUUCACGAACAAACUGCCCACCAACUAUCCGGCGAUCAUUCUUAUCCACGGUGACCUGUCCUGGGACCAGCUCCAGAUGAUGAUCUCGAAAUCGACGACGGCCGACAUACUGAAGAUGUUCUACAAGUUGGAGGAAUUUUUCUCUCAGCAAUUCAAAUCGUCGAAGCGUGUCUUUUCCAGCCUCGAGCCGCGCUUGGCCAAUCCGUCGAUGCGGGCCAGUGCCCGCCGGCGUGAGGAGAAGAAAUCGCUCGGUCACGAGGCGUCACUUCACGAUGCGCGUCACCAUCGGCACUGGCAGCGGCCGCUGAAGCAAACCAAAGGCCUCUGGCUUUCGACGCUCGGUGUGCCACUGUCGAACAUUGGCACCGUGCUGGGCGGUACGAUGGAGCUGCACGGCCAGAAUAUUUCGCUCGCCUGCUUCCACGGCAUAAACUUUAAGGCGAAAUCGUGGGCACUGUUCAGCCUGAAGGAACCGUGUAUCGACUUUGCGACCGAAGCGCAGCACGUCGAGUCGACCGAGGAGGUGCACAUCAUCCAAACACUCACGUUCGGACUCGGCAUGAACAGUCAGCAGCCACCGCAGCACCAUUCGAACGCAACCGUCGUGCGGAUGUCCCGGAACGUUAUCUUCCCGCCACAGUUCAAGACGCUGCACGAGUGGUUCCACUACGCGUUCGCGAACAGCGAGAUCGAUGUUGAUCGGUUCCCGGUGAUCGAGCGCGAUAAGGAACACAACACCAACUCGAUCGAGCGAGCCCGCGGCUCGGGCGCCGGCGCAGCGGCCCAUCCGAAACUGCAGGAUCCAAACCACAAUCGGGAAGUGAUCUUCGCCCUGCCCAGUCUCCAGUUGCACUUCAAAACAGAACACCUGCAAGGCAUCUCGACUCCAGAUACAACGCAAGACAAACCGAUGGUCGAGUGCAGCUUCAUAACGUCCUUCGAGGAUCACAUCUUCGUGACGGUUGAUGCGGACGCAUUUUUCUUCCUGCAUGAUCUCAUUACUUCCUAUCUUAGCGAAAAGGAGAAAGUGCUUGGCACCAUCAGCACCAAUCGAUCCUCGUCACCGAAUCCAUCAACAGUCACCCCACCGCCGACGGCCACCGUUGGUGGCACUGCGAGUGGUCUGUCGGUUCUCAAGUCGGCCAAUUUGCUGAAAACCAGCACCGGAAAUCUGGGACCGUCGGCACCAUCGCUGUCGUCGCUUCGCACGCAAGACUCAACCUCUAGCCAAUCCAUCGGCAAUGGUAGCGCCGUAGAUUUGAACGAGCUCGGCACCUCAACGGCGGCACCCACACUGUCCGCCCCCGGUCCCAAGCAAGCCCGCUUGGAGGAUGUUGGAAAAGUGGACGGUGGAGCGGCCAGUACAACUGGGGGCGCCAGCACGCUGUCCAGUGGAGGGAGUGGUGCACUGGGCACUGGCAAACACGUAAACAUUGUGGUGGAGAAAUCCGACCUGGAAUCGUUCAUGCGCACCGAUUGGCGACACUUUAACUGCAAAACAUGGCACCUGGAACCGACAGUGAGGUUACUGUCGUGGGCGGGCAAAUCGAUCGAGCCGUACGGAAUCGAUUACAUACUGAACAAGCUUGGCUUCAGCCAUGCCCGUACGACCAUUCCCAAGUGGCUUCAGCGUGGUUUUAUGGACCCCCUCGACAAGCUGGAAGCUCUGCUCAUGCUGCAGCUGCUGGUGAUGGUGAAGGAUAACGGUACGUCCGAGGUGAAGGAAUCGGGCAAGGACAAGUGAUAGGUUCUGGCGAAUAAACAGUCUGAUACGCACUCGCGGCCGCACGACACCAUAGAGAAACUGUAGUAGCAGUCGCGGUGCCCAUAAGAAUGCUCAAUCCUCUAUAAAUAACGCAAGCUACCGUAACUUACUCUAGUCGCGUUCAACAAAGCCUAUCAAUAUAUCGAACGGCGGACAUAUCGUGCUCUUGGCGCUCUUUUUUUUGCAAUAGAAUGCCCAAGAAUAUAUUCGGAAGAUUAUCGGACUCGCAGCUUAACCGAUUUGGGCGCCACUCCGCUUAGACUGCAAGUCAUGUCUUGAAGCGCAAUCAUCUCUGCGGUUUCCCCGUAACUAGAUUCUAUUCGCAAGA